AUGGACGUCAUUCCAUCCUUCUACACUGCACCAGCGUCGUGUGUUAAGAAGCAACAAACCUUCAACCAGUCCUGCAAAUCACAAGAAAGGAUGCUGGGAUCGACAGUUUUCAACCAAACUGAACAUGACAACAAACCUGCUCCAUCAAUGGAUGACCUCCUCUUUCUAAAGAUCAUGGACAUUCAAACCUACAAAGAUGGAUCCAACAAUUGGGUCGCUCCACUCCCAUUUAAGGAACCACGUCAACGUUUGCCAAACAAUAAGGCCCAGGCAAUCAAGCGGUUCAUGUCACUUCAACGAACCCUCCAAAGGAAACCGGAAAUGCAGGAACAGUAUGUCACAUUCAUAGAAAAGCUCAUUACCCACAAGCAUGCAGAGGUGGUGCCGCCAUUGAUGAAAGAUGAAGAGUGCUGGUAUUUGCCAUCCUUUGGCGUAUACCACCCACGAAAACCUGACCAGAUCAGAGUCGUUUUUGACUCUAGCGCCCAACACGCAGGUAUUUCCCUAAAUGACGUGCUACUCUCUGGACCCGACCUCAACAACUCCUUGCUGGGCGUUCUUCUGCGCUUCCGGAAGGAAAGAGUUGCGAUUAUGGCAGACAUCCAGCAGAUGUUUCAUUGUUUUUUGGUGCAUGAAGAUCAUCGAAAUUUCCUACGUUUCUUGUGGCAUCAGGACAAUGAUCUCAGGAAGCCAGUUAUUGAGUAUCGCAUGAGGGUCCACGUGUUUGGCAACACACCAUCUCCUGCUGUGGCAAUCUAUGGACUGCGAAAGGCCAUCAGGGAAGGUGCACAGCAGCAUGGAGAUGAUACUGUCAGGUUUGUAGAAAGGCACUUUUAUGUGGACGAUGGCUUGGUAUCCCUACCAUCUGAAGGUGAGGCCAUUGACCUGCUCCAAAGGACAAAGUGUUCACUUGCCGAGUCGAACCUUCGCUUGCACAAGUUUGUAUCAAACUCUGAGGAAGUCACCAAAGCCUUCUCCCCUCAAGAUUGUGCCCCUGUGGUCAAAGACUUAGAUUUGAGUGGAGACUUUACACCCACACAACGGAGCUUAGGGUUGCUCUGGGAGAUUACAUCUGACACAUUUACAUACUUUGCAUCACCAACAAACAAACCAUUCACUCGACGUGGUGUUUUGUCUACAGUAAACAGUGUUUUUGAUCCCCUAGGAAUGCUCGCACCUGUCACAAUUCAGGGAAGAUCCCUUCUCAGAGAACUUACCUCCGAGCUAGCAGACUGGGACAUGCCCCUGCCAGAAGCCAAAAAGAACAAGUGGGAGACUUGGAAAGAGUCUCUUCAGGGCUUAAACAAGAUUCAUAUUCCACGCAGGUACACUGCAAAGUCACUGUGCGAUGCGGUGCUCACAGAGUUGUGCGUGUUUUCAGAUGCAUCCUGCAAGGCCAUUGGUGCUGUGGCUUACCUGAAAGUGGUCCAAGAAGAUGGAGAGGCCGAAGUCGGAUUUGUGAUGGGAAAGGCCAAGUUGGCACCCCAGUCUGAACCUACUAUCCCAAGGCUCGAGCUCUGUGCUGCUGUGCUAGCGGUAGAGAUGGCAGAUCUCAUCCAAGAUGAGCUGGACCUCAAGUUCGAUGAAGUUCGCUUCUACACAGACAGUAAGGUAGUGCUUGGAUACAUUUGCAAUGAGAAAAAACGUUUCUACACCUACGUUCAUAACAGAGUCCAGCGUAUUCGUCAAUCUUCAAAUCCCGAUCAGUGGAACUAUGUGUGCACGGAGGAAAACCCUGCAGAUCAUGCGUCAAGAUCUUUACCUGUAUCAAGCCUUGGACAAACAUCUUGGUUUAUCGGCCCUGCAUUCCUGCGAAAGACAUCUGCAAAGAUGACACAAACCAGUGAAAGAUUUGAGCUCAUUGGACCAGAUAACGACUCUGAAAUCCGACCACAAGUGCAGACCUGCGCUACUUACCUGGAACGUCAGAUACUCAACCCAGAUCGCUUCCAACGAUUUUCCACUUUCACUUCCUUGGUGAGGGGUGUAGCAUUCCUCAUCCACGUCGCAAGAACAUGCAAACGGUCUAAUCAAAAAGAUGGAUGCAAAGGCUGGCACAAGUGUCACCAACCACGCACUGCAGAUGAAAUUGCCCAAGCUAAAUAUAUUAUUCUGAGGGCAGCACAAAAGGCAGCCUUCUCAGGAGAGCUUUUAGCUUUACAAGAAAACAAGCCAGUUUCAAGAAACAGCCCUUUGUUGAAACUCAACCCAACAUUGGAGGAUGGACUCAUUUGUGUGGGAGGUAGACUAAAGUGCUCUGAACUCACACUUUUAGAAAAUAAUCCUGUAAUUCUCCCCAAGAAAAGCCACAUCUCUGUGUUGCUCACACACCACCACCAUGUGCAGGUAAAACAUCAAGGCCGUCAUUUUACUGAAGGAGCCAUCAGAGCAGCAGGAUUGUGGAUUCUAGGUGGACGGUCUUUAAUCAACUCAAUUCUUCACAAAUGCACAAUCUGUCGUAGACUUCGAGGGAAGGUUCAAGAACAACAAAUGGCUAAUUUGCCUCUGGAACGUCUUAAAUCCUGCCCUCCUUUUACGUAUGUGGGAGUCGAUGUCUUUGGACCCUGGUCUGUCUUAACCAGACGUACCAGAGGAGGACAAGCAGAGAGCAAGCGGUGGGCCAUGAUGUUCACUUGUCUUAGUUCGAGAGCUGUUCAUAUCGAGUUAACAACUUCAAGUUGUAUCAACGCCCUCAGGCGUUUUUUCGCACUUCGAGGUCCAGCAAAUCAACUUCAUUCUGAUUGUGGCACUAAUUUUACGGGAGCAUGCAAAGAGCUUGGAAUGAACAAGGCGGUGCGGAACUUCCUCAGUGAAAAGUAGUGCAUUUGGAAAUUCAACCCACCACACGCUUCCCACAUGGGAGGCUCUUGGGAGCGAAUGAUCGGGAUUGCAAGAAGAAUCCUGGAUUCAAUGUUACUGCAGCAUGGGACUCGUAUAACCCAUGAAGUUCUUUGCACCCUGAUGGCGGAAGUCACUGCAAUUAUAAAUGCACGGCCACUUCUGCCUGUAUCCAUAGAUCCACAACAACCCUUCAUUCUUUCACCAGCAAUGCUCCUAACACAGAAGGCAGGAGCUCCACCUCCACCUGGAGAAUUCACAGAGAGGGACCUUUACACCAAACAAUGGAAGCAAGUGCAAGCAUUUGCAAACCAGUUUUGGAGCCGAUGGAGAAGGGAGUACCUUCCUUCUUUGCAACAGAGACAGAAAUGGAAUAUGUCAAGGCGAAACCUUCAAGUAGGAGAUCUAGUUCUCCUCAAGGACAAGCAAGCUGCACGUAACUACUGGCCUAUGGCCAUGGUCACCGCCACGUUCCCCGGGAUCGACAAUUUGGUCAGGAAGGUCGAAGUGAAGACUACAGACCAAGGAACCCCAAAAACAUUUUUGAGACCAGUAACAGAAGUUGUUUUACUCCUGCCCAAAGACUAGAGUUAUUUGGUGACCUUAGUGGCCUCACAUAGGCCAGGCGGGGAGUGUGUUGUCCUGAAGUCAACUGUUAAUAUUAUUUACGUAAUUACAUUAUAAUAUUUUUGUAUUACUUGAUAAUAUUUUGUAUUAGUAACUACAAUGCUUUAAUUUGGAGUUAAAGUUGUUUAUAUUUAUUGUACUUUAUAAUCGGUAAACAGCAGUUAGAUGAUGUCACUUCCGCUAAAUUACUUCCUGUUGGUUGACUUCCGGUAUUUGUUCGAAAGCUAGAGAUACAUUUUGUGGUCUUCUGUAGUACUUUCUGUUGCCAUCCUACACAAAGCGGCGAAGAAGCAAUGCCCUACAUCAGCGCAUAGAGAGUUGGUGGGGUUUCCUCAGAAGAGAAUCAAUGGAGUUCUACAUCUCUAUGUUCACUGACCUGAAGGACCGUGGUUUGUUCGGUGGUACAUACUUGGACCGAGGUCUAAUUCAGUUCUGCUUUAUGAGCUUCAUUCAGGAUGAAUUAGACGAGACCAUCAAUGUGUGGGAUGCACAUGUCAUCAGACCAUCAAAGAAUGACAGGGUGCCCAGUGGUCGCCCCCGAAUCAUGUACAUGUUCCCAGAACUCUACACAACUUGUGAUUGCAUUUCCCCAGUGGACAGAGCUGAUGUACAGUUGUGUCAGAGUAACUGCACAUUUCAACUAGCAGUGCCAUGUGACACGGACAUCUACAACAUUUGCAAAUUUCUGAUGGCAGAGUCACAGCUGCAUCUUCCAGGUGAUGCUUAUCAGGCAUUGGAUUUGUACCUUCACUUGAGGAAUGAGAUAACAUCAACUCUCUAAUUUGAGAUGGAUUUUUAUUCAGAGCUAAAACAUGUCCACACUGACUACACUUGAACAGUGCUAUGCCACAAACAUUAAGAACAUUUUGCAGCAAAACUGAGGUGCAAAUAGGAUUGAUAUGUCACUAUAUGCACACUGACUGCAAAGAGAAGCAAGGCAGGACAUGAAAGAGGAAAUGAACAGAACUAAACAACCAUUAGAAAUGUAUUGUACUUGCAUUGAACAUGAACUUGUUUGUUGAAUGAUGACAUAAAUUCUGAACAUUAUUCAGAAUAACAAUUGUAUAAAAGAUGCACAUAAAAAUGUAAUAAUUGUACAAAAAGGGACAUUUACCUAUGAGAACAGACCCUGCUGACUUAUCAAAAUUAUUAAACUGUCUUGUGGAAAAAAACUGAAUCUCACUGUACUAACAAUUUACAGAAAAAAUAAGAAAAUAAAACAAUUCAAAAAAUGUAAA